AUGAGUAGUCAUAAACCACAAUGUGAAUUCCUUCAGAUUUCUGGACAAAUCCUCGACUGUAGAUCAUUCGACUACUCUUUGUCAACCUGUUCUUUCUCAAAAGAGACAGCUGUUCCAGUGGGAAACGGCCAGCUCAAACAACGCAACGACUCGACUUAUUACGAAAAAAUAUGCGUGGCUGAGAACGUAGCGAAGGAUUGUUCACCAACUUUCACUCGCUUUCCGCAAAUGGUUCUCGUAGGUUUUGCCGAAGCGGUAGCUGAUGCGAGCACUUUUGAGGCUUGUUUUGAGUAUUGUCUAGACAGUCUAACUACAUUUGGAUUCAACUGCUCCAGCGGCAUGUACUUUUUUGAGGUGAAGAAUCAUCAGCAGGAAGCUCAGCUGAACUGCAUAUUAAAUUCAGAGGAUCGACAUACUCAAAAUGAAUUGUUCGCAGAAGAAAACACUGAUAUAGUGGACUACUUUGAAAUCAAUUGUCAAAAGAGAAAAACACGACCGCGAAUGAGAUCUGCAAAGACCUUUUGUAAUCUUCCUUUAUCCUAA